CGACAGACUCAUAAGAACGCUUGAUUUGGCUCAGGAAAAUCAGCCAGGGAGGAUUUCUGCGGAGUGAAAGAGGAGGAAAUAGACUUCAGUAUUGACUCGAACAAUGGUCAGGGGAGCGUUUCUCUUCUGCAAACAGUGAUGCACAGUGUGGGAGAGAUGUUUAAUUUCAACAGCGGCAUAAUAAUUUCAUCAUAGCUUUAAGCUCAUGCAUUUGGAAUUCAUAGAAACCACCACACCAUCGGUUUUUACCUAUUUACUUAUUUACAUUGUCUAUACAUAAAACAUGGCGCAGCUGUUUCUCAUUUUCAGUUUAAAUUUCACCAAAAAGGCGACAUCCACACAGAUAACACUGUGUAAAUAGAGACUUUAAACUCAUAUCCUGCCAGAAAUGUCACGGAUGUGUCACCGUGUUAUAUCGUUGGCUUUACGUGAACGUGCUGCUUCCUGAGCGUCACAGUCAAGGUGCAGCUCAUAAUAUUAACACCUCUUUACGUCUCUGGGGGCAAAGCAUCAAAGGUUGAAGGCCCACAGGUUGUGCGACAUGGAAGACAGAGCGUUUAAGCGCAGGUCGGGACACUGGGCUGCUCGUUUGCGCUGCCAGGCGGACCAUGAUCCGAGCAUCAGCCCUCGGGUCCAUUUCCCAGACGAUGUACCGGUUUGUGGCGCCGCUACUGAUCACAGAGCCCAAAUGGAGAAGGCCUUCUUCAGCGAUAAACCUGAUUCUAGUGACGUGUCAUCGGGAAGUGAGGAUGAAGAUGAAGAACCAGCUGUUCUCUCUGUCCCUGUCUGGCAAACUGAUGAGCACAAGAAUCACAUGGCAGCAAUAAGCAGUGACAAGUUUGACAGUCUAUUGAAGGAGUUUCCAGAUUUCCGUGGCUGCAAGAACUAUAUGGCAGCAUUUGUCUUGACAAGAAAGGUGUUGGACACAGCGGGUCAUCCAUGUGAGCGGUACCAGCUGGUGGCUUUGGGAGCCGGUCGUUCAAGCUGCAGUAAGAGGCUUUGUUACAGUGGGACGAUGGUCCACGACUGCCAUGCCUUCGUCAUCGCUAGACGAGCUUUGCUGAGGUUUAUCUACAAACAGCUUCUACUGUUCUUUGAAGCUGAUCCAGAGGCCAAGGAGAGCUGUAUUUUUGAGAGCAGUGGAGAGAGCCACCGGCUUCAGCUUAAACCAAAGAUCAGACUGCAUCUCUACUCGAAUCAUUGUCCUGAAGGAGCAGCCAAGAAUUUUCACUUCAUGGGCCCUGGAAACUAUGUCUUUUCUGCAAUCAAGCUGCGGUAUCACACCGAUGGCCAGCUGGUGCCUGCAGACGAGCUUGACCAAGGCCUCUGGGGUGGCAGAGUCUGUUGCAUGUCGGCCAGUGACAAGUUAUGCCUCUGGACCUUCACUGGGGUCCAGGGUGCAUUGCUGAGCCAUUUCAUCCAGCCGCUCUACAUUAGCAGCAUAGUAUUAGGGGGGCCGAAGCUCCUUAACAAGGAAGUGCCUGAUGUCAUCAACAAGCGACUGCAUAAUGGAUGGGAGGACUGUUUGCCACUGCCCUACAAGAAACACAACAUCCUCUUUCUCUGUGGGGACUACGUGGGACCAGCUGUGGCCUCUAUGCAGCACAAUGACCUCAGCAUCAACUGGAGCCUCGGAGACAAGGACAUUGAAAUUCUGGACAGUAGUAAGGGACUCAUUGUUAAUGGCUCUCCCUUUGUGAGUGGGCCUAGUUUCUCCAGCAGACUAUGCAAGAGAGCUCUCUAUAGCUAUUUCCUGCGUGUUGCAAAGCUGGGUGGGCAUAGCAGUCUGCUGGAGCUUCCCACCUACCACAGUGUCAAGGUUUGUCUGUUCUUUAAGGAGGAAGCUGCUCUCUACCAGACAGUCAAACAACUCGUCAGAAAGCAGUUUCUGAAGGAGUACGCUGGGCUUUGGAAGCCAAAAACGCUGGUGGAUUGCUUUAGUGCUUGAGCGCUUCCACAAUUUGUUCAUGUUCUGUAGAUUUUCAUCUUCAAUUUUUCAUUCUUAAAUUUUAGUUUGCUGAGUGUUGUAAUUACUGCUAAUGGUAAUAUUUGUUUGUUGCAUAUUGUUAUACAUGGCAUCUGUGUGUUUGAGUUUGUAUAGGUGCAAAAAACAAAUAAACAAGACUCUACAGUUCA